AUGUGGGAUACAAAGUUCAGAUGAACAAACAAUAGUUUAUAAUUAUUUGAGUUAUAUAGUCUAGGUUUAGAAACAUCGGUGUCAGUAGCAUCAUGUAUAAAUUCGCAGUCUUAGUUGGUGUGUGUUCCCUGUUAUUGGUUAUUCCCACCCUCACGUGGAGGAAUAAAGCCAUUGAUGACAGUUGGGAUGAUGAUGACGAUGCUUGGCUUCAGGGAGAUGAUCCAGCUGUUGUAGAGGAGGUAGAUGAUGCCCCCGACGCGAACAUUGAUGACAAUGAAGCUGGUCCAACCAAUGUUAAUGGUGCCAAUAUUGUCAAACAACGGUUCCAUUACAACAGCAUCAUGCAGUUAAAUGGUAGAAUCAACGAUAGCUUGGCCACAAGUUACACCUAUCUCACCAUUGCUUUCUAUUUCGACCGAGCUGAUGUAGCCCUCCCUGGUUUUCACAAGUUCUUAAUGGAGGCUUCAGAGAACGAAAGAAAAGAUGCCACGAAAUUAAUGGCUUACAUCAACAAACGAGGUGGAUGGUUCAAACUGAGGAGAAUCGUAGCCGAAGAGAGACCAUGGACAAGUGGUCUACAAGUAUUGGAAUACAUGCUGGCUCAUGAAAGAUUCAUGAAUGAUAACUUCUUGUAUACACACAAAGUAGCCAGUGAAAGCAACGAUGGACAUUUGACCGAUUUCCUUGAGGGAGAAUUCCUUGAACCUAGAGUGGAAUUCAUCAAGAAAUUGGGUGGUUACAUCACUCAGCUCAAAUCCUUCUCCAAAGAUUACAAUCUGGGAGAAUACAUUUUUGAUGAAGAACUUUAAAUUCCAGCCUUUAAAUGUACCAAUCAAAUCAGCUGAAACAAAAAAAAAACAGACCGAUAUUUAAAAUCAUAUCGUCCAAUUAAAUCAGCUGUAGCAAAACAAACUGAUAUUUAGAAUCAUAUCGUCCAAUUAAAUUGUCUUAUAUUUGCAAGAAAUAAUGAUAGAAGAUGAAAUUCUGUAUCAGUCAUCUGGAAUAAAAUAAUAAAAACAUUA